CCAUAACCCUUUCUCUCCAUUUCCGUUCUUCACCCCGUGCCCUACCUGGCGCACUCUCAAAAACAUAAAAACCCUCGAACAGAACUGAACUUAACUAUACCACUUCCUGUCUGAUCAUCACUAUUUUUUGUAAGGUUGUUUGAUUUCUUCUGCAUGUACACCAUGGAUUCUUACAGGUUCACACACAUGAUCCUCCCCCUCUUAGUUCUCUUCAUCUUGUCAACACCUCAUGGUGUCGUUUCCCAAACCACCAACACGAACGACGGGCAGCCGUACAACUACGCGCGGGUGACUCCAUCGAUGGCCAUAAUCAUUGUCGUUUUGAUAGCCGUACUCUUCAUCAUGGGGUUCUUUUCAAUCUACAUCCGCCAUUGCAACGAAGCCAACGGCAACGGGAGUAUCCGGCCGCUGGGUAUGGGCGGACUCUCUCGACGGGUCGCCGCCUCGCGUGGGCUUGAUCCUGCCGUUAUCGAGACGUUUCCCACGUUAAUUUACUCGGUCGUGAAAGGCUUGAAGAUUGGUAAAGGCGCGUUAGAAUGCGCCGUUUGUUUAAACGAAUUUGAAGAGGAUGAAACGCUGCGUUUGAUUCCUAAUUGUGACCACGUGUUCCAUCCUGAUUGCAUCGGUGCUUGGUUGGAGUCUCACACUACCUGUCCUGUCUGCAGAGCUGAUUUGACCAAGCCAGCUGACUCGGUCCCUCAACUCGGUGAGUCGCACGACCCCGAGCUGGACCUGGAGGCCCAAAAUGGGGCAGUGAUGGACGAGCCAGAAAAUGGGAAUGCUAAUGUGGAAGUGGUUGGACCGGAGCCUGAGGUUAUGGGUGCGAGUGUGGUUAAAACUUUGAACAGGAACCGGACACGUGGGUCGAGAUCGGGUAGGCCAUUGAGGUUUACUAGGUCACAUUCGACCGGACAUUCUGUGGUUCAACCAGGAGAGAAUACCGAUCGGUUUACUUUGAGAUUGCCGGUUGAGGUUAGGAAACAAGUGAUGAACCGGAAGUUGAACCGGGCGAUGAGCAUGGUGGUGUUGUCCAGACAAGGAAGUUCAGUGAAGGGGAACAAGAACGGAGUUGGUGAAGGGAGUCCUAGGAAGGUGUUUAAUUAUAAGCGACUUGAGAAACUGGACCAAGAAGCAAGGUCGGACCGGUGGGUUUUUAGUCGGAACCCGUCAUUGCUAGCAAGAGCGUCGUCAUUCCUAUCGAGAGCUUCGUCAUCGGUUAGGUCACCAAAAGUGGCUGCUAAUGGCAACCAAGGGGAUUCACCUAGACAGGUUGGACCGAAUGCGGGUGAAUCGAGCAGACCGCUGGUUUAGUAGGGCAGUCCUGUUUGCCCACUUUUUUUUAUAUAUAUAUUUUUUAUUUGUUUUUUAUAAAUUGUGUAAUAUAAUAUAGGAUCGUCAAAAUGGAAGAGGUCAAGUCAAAUUGAGAUAACGACCCUCUAAUUUUUUUUAUAUUUUUUUUCCAAUUUGUAAGUUAAAAAUCCAUGGGAUUUUUGCCAAAGAAUCAAAGCGAUAUUGCUUGCUGGUUUA